AUGGAAGGCGGCGACCAAGACGUUGUCAUGGGCGGGGACGAUAGGCCGUCAAAUCACACAACCACUCCCAAUGGUGUGACUACGCCUGCUGGAGGAGAGCCCAAAAACGAUAACUCGACGUCUCCCGACGACGAAGAUGAGGACGACUUCGACGACUUGGACGAAGACGCAGACCAGCAGGUUAUGAACCAGCUGCGCAGACGAGGUCUUUUGCCGACAGCAUGUUGUUAUGAUGACCGCAUGAAGCUUCAUGUCAAUGCCGACUUCGGCACCACACCUCAUCACCCGGAGGAUCCUCGUCGGAUAGAGGAGAUCUACAAAGCCUUCAAAAGGGCCGGUCUGGUCUACACCGGCCCAGAGAGUAAGAUCGCCGACGUUAUGAGAGAUACCCCAACCAAGUACAUGUGGAGAAUCGGCACUCGUGAGGCAACGAAAGAAGAGAUCCUUACCACACACACUCCGCUGCACUACCACUGGGUUGAGAGCCUGUCAAAGAUGAACUACACGGAGUUGCGCGACACGAGUCGGCAUUACGACCAAGGCCGUGCAUCGCUCUACGUUGGCAGUCUUACUUUCACUGCCGCCCUCCUAUCCUGCGGUGGUGCCAUCGACACCUGCAAGCAUGUCGUGGAAGGCAACGUUAAAAAUGCCUUUGCUAUCAUCAGACCGCCUGGCCACCACGCCGAGUACGAUCAGCCGCUCGGUUUCUGCUUCUUCAACAACGUGCCCGUCGCCGUCAAGAUCUGUCAGCAAGAGUACCCGGAGGACUGUCGAAAGGUUCUCAUCCUUGACUGGGAUGUCCACCACGGCAACGGCAUCCAGAACAUAUUCUACGACGACCCGAACGUUCUCUACGUCUCCCUCCACGUUUACCAGAAUGGGAUCUUUUAUCCUGGCAAGCCCGACAACCAAGAAAUACCCGAUGGCGGUCUAGAGCACUGCGGUACAGGGCCUGGUCUUGGCAAGAACAUCAAUAUUGGAUGGCACGACCAAGGCAUGGGAGACGGCGAGUAUAUGGCUGCCUUUCAAAAGAUCAUCAUGCCCAUCGCCAAAGAAUUCAACCCCGAUCUAGUCGUUAUCUCCGCCGGAUUCGACGCUGCUGCCGGAGAUGAGCUCGGCGGGUGCUUCGUGACACCGACCUGCUACGCGCACAUGACGCAUAUGCUAAUGUCUCUGGCGGACGGCAAGGUUGCUGUAUGCUUGGAAGGUGGCUACAACUUGCAGGCUAUAUCGACAUCCGCCGUGGCUGUUGCUCGAACGUUGAUGGGCGAGCCGCCACCGAAGAUGGAGAUUCCCAUGCUCAACAAGGACGCUGCCAGGGUUCUUGCCAAAGUCCAGAGCUACCAGGCACCCUACUGGGAGUGCAUGAGACCAGGCAUUGUUCCAGUGCCUGAUAUCCAAGAUCUCAACGCGACCAGACUCCACGACCACAUCAGGCUAGGCCAACGGCAGAACCUUGCACAACGUCACCAGAUGAUUCCCCUCUUCAUCCAGCGGGAUCUUUUGUUCAAAUCCUAUGAGAAUCAGGUCCUCGUAACUCCUGAUAUUCCCAGUGCGCGUCGUAUCCUUGUCAUCAUCCACGACCCACCAGCAUUGCUCGCGCAACCGGAUGUGAUUGAUAGUCAUGUUGAAUCCCACAACGCCUGGAUUGUCGAUAGUGUUGCGCAAUACAUUGACUGGGCUGUCGAAAAAGGGAUUGCAGUCAUGGACGUCAACGUGCCUAGCAAAGUAUCACGAGAUGAGGACAUGGACCCGUACAGUCCCCGAACAGCAGACAAGGACCUGCUGAACGAGCUCCAAGAGUUGGCGAACUAUCUUUGGGACAACUACCUGCAGCUCUAUGAGGACGCCGACGAUAUACUACUCAUCGGUGUGGGUCGGUCGUACAGUGGAGUCAGGGCGCUUUUGACCGGUCGAGAUUGCAAAGCGCGUGUUGCCGGAGUUGCCUGCUUCGUCGAAGGGAUGUUGAGACCAGUGAAGUCCGAUGUCGAUAACGAGCUGGCGACGUGGUACAAGGGGCACUCACAGAUUUACGUCUCGCAUGAUCACCCAUGCUGGAACAGCGAGGACACGCUGCGCAGAGUGACUAAACGACGAUUUGGCACGGUCAUCCGUAGUGAGGCCAACGGUGUUCAGAAGAUGAUGCAAACGCAUGCUGGGGAGGUCCAAAAAUGGAUGUUGGAGAUGCUAGCGAUUCGCCAGAACGGAGAUACCACCGAAGACGACAAGAUGACUUGA